UUGCUAUAUUUUAAUUUUUUUAAUUUGAAAAGAACUCAGCUAUAUAUUUAUUCAAAAUUAGUGAAAUUUUAGGCAUAAUAUAACGACGACCGGUUUCUCCCCGCAUGUCUGAGCCAACUCUCGCCCAAGUUAGGACUUUAUGCACCGUCUCUCUAUACUUUAGUCCGUAGUUUUUGUAUAAUAUAUUUUACAGCUACGGCCCUGCCGUGGCAUUGCGCACACUCGCAUCGAUUUUGACGAAUGCUCAGCUGAUGUACUUGCAUGCGUCGUUUCGCGAUUCUGCGUUCCUUUCGAAACGUGCGUGAAAUCGUCACCGGUGGAUACAUCUUCCGAUAAUUUAUCGACUCGUGCACGUAUAUCUCUCUUUCACGAUAGUUCUUUAUCUUUCGAUCAAUUGUCUCGCUUUUUUUGUACUCGUUUGUACGUCUGACGAGCAAGAACGAAGGGGUUCUCAUGCGCUCUCGUGACGAGCACUCACAGCUGUCGAACACCGUGUUUCCGAUCGAAAUUACGUUUCACCUGCCCGAAAUGUAAACAGAGAGUCGUCGAUAUGACGUGGAAUUUCUCGACGUGAGCCCCGUUCGAGGGAUAGAGCAGCGGUUGUAGAUGGUGACGAGUAAACGGCAUGUCUUCCACAGAGGAACCAUGAGAGUGUCCUCGGCCUCGUCCAGCACGAGUUCCGUGUACACCAGUGCCGACGAUGCGCGCCAAUUCAUUAGUCACGAGGCUGGUCAGUUUCCCGAUACGGAUGACGUCGGAACUACUUGGCUCCUCGGUUCGCGCGGCAGGUCGAAACGAGUUUUCGAGAGGUUUAAAAUAACCAAUUUGUCGCACGAAGAGGUUAAAAGAAUAACUAACAGAGCGUACCGAGCGGGGAUGGUGAUAAUUGGUACGAUAAUGACGAUACUACUUUUGUUCACGAUAAUCGUAUCUGUUCUGUCUUACCACCGGAACACAGCGAUGCAUACGCAGAAAAAUAAAAAUCUGAUACCUCCUGAUCCGGUGGAGACGCAGCCGCCGUCGUGGAGCGAAUUGAGAACUUUCAAACGUGGCGCCGUUUGCGCAGAUGGUGUGCCAUGCGCCGUUAUUGGCAAGUCAAUUUUAGAACGGAACGGAUCAGCGGUGGACGCCGCAUUGGCGGCGCUGAUUUGCAACGGUCUUGUCAACAUGCAAAGUUUGGGAUUAGGGGGUGGAUUUAUGAUGACAAUCUACGAAAGAUCCACGCGCCGGGCACUCGUUCUCAACGCGAGAGAUCGAGCACCAUUGGCGGCGAACGCCACCAUGUUUCACGGAAAACCCGCGAAUGUGUCUUCGCUUGGCGCAUUGUCGGUCGCCGUUCCCGGCGAACUGGCCGGUUAUUGGGAAGCCCAUCAAAAAUUCGGCGUCUUACCAUGGGCGGAGUUGUUCAAUCCGAGUAUCGAGCUCUGCGAAAAGGGCUACGAGUUGACAUUAGUACAAUACGAUGGCCUUAUGUACAAUAAGAAAAGCAUUUAUAACGACCCAACUCUAAGGGAAUUAUUUGUCGAUCCUGCGACCAACGAAUUCAGGAAGCCGGGAUCCAUAAUCAAACCUCUCGUGCUUUGCAAAACCAUGCGAAUUAUCGCUGAGAACGCGACGGAAUUUUACAACGGCACGAUUGGACAGCUUCUCGUGGACGAUCUGAAGGAACUCGGAGGCAUCAUAACGAUGCAGGACCUCAACGAAUACAAAGUUUCGUGGAACGAACCGAUUCAGGCGAACCUCUCGGACGGCACGCAACUGUUCACCACGGGUCUACCCAGCAGCGGUGCUCUUCUCACGUUUAUCCUCAACGUCUUCGACGAAUACGGCUUCACGCCGGACAGUGUGGCCGAUUUUAACGCGACGAUUCUUACGUAUCACAGAAUGAUAGAGACGUUCAAACACGCGUACGCAUUUAGGGCGAAUCUGGGCGACCCAGAUUUUGUUAAUAUGACUGAAAUACUUAAAAAUCUGACUUCGAAAAGCUUCGCACGCGAAAUACGAAAGAAGAUAAGCGACGAGCACACGUGGAAGGACGCGCGACACUACGGCUCUUCCAUCUACGCCGGUGCCGAGGAUCACGGUACUGCUCACAUAUCGAUACUGGCUCCGAAUGGCGACGCCGUGUCAGUGACCAGCACCAUUAAUUUUUACUACGGGAGCGGAAUAGUCAGCAGAAGAACCGGUAUUUUGCUGAACAACGCUAUGGACGAUUUCAGUAUUCCGUCGAAAAUCAAUUAUUUCGGUAUAAGACCCAGUGUCAACAAUUACAUCGCGCCUAAGAAGCAACCGCUGUCCUCGAUGGUGCCGUCCGUUUUCGUCGAUCGUCACGGCGACGUCAAGAUGGUUGUUGGUGCCGCUGGUGGCACAAAAAUUACAACCGCAGUGUCUCAAGCGACUGCAAAGAUCCUUUGGAUGGACCAAACCGUGAAGGAGGCGGUGGACGCGCCGAGAAUACAUCAUCAAUUGUUUCCGUCGGAAGUGACUUACGAGUAUGGCGUUCCAAAACAAGUGAUCGACGGCCUGAAACGUCUGGGACACGCCACCCUACGUUACCGAGAUCGCGGUAGCAUACUUUGCGUGAUACUUUACAACAAUUUCACGAUUUUCGCGAACGCUGAUUAUCGCAAAGGCGGCGAUGUCUCCGGAAUCGAUUGAAUUGACAAUUUGAAGUGUUUACUAGUUUAGUCAAAACUAGUCAUUCUCUUUAAAGACUGAAACUUUUUCUAAACUUCCAUACUAUAAUGCAAAUUAUAAUUUUUUUGCGAUUAUUAUGAUAUUGUAUCAGUACGACCACAAAUUUUGUUAUUGCGUUCAGCAAUAGUUAAUUCACGGUAUUUAUAGUAUCAUUCAUGUGGUUAUUGCGGAUCGCAUUUCUUUGAUCCGUAUCUUCUCAAAUUUAUCUUCCUAUGAAUUUUUAUGUAAGAGACAUGUAAAUAAACAAGCGAACAUUUAUAGUACGUUUAUACAAUAACGUCAACGAAUUUUACUUAGUGAUAUUUUACUCGAAUGCUACGUUGAUUCGCACGAUCAAUAUUCUUAGCAUGAAGCGUGUCCCGCACACGUGACGCUUAUUGAACACUUCAACCUCGUAGCGCAUUUUUAAAAUAAAUGUAAAAUCUCGAGGUCGUUAUAAAUGGUGUAAUUGAUUUACUUCCUACUUUAAAUUGCGCUAUGUUACACAUCAAAUGUCUUCGCUUUGGUUCUUACACGAUUCCGAACUUAUAGUUUACAGUUGGCACAAAAUGUUUCAAAUUACUUUCUUCGAUAAUUUUAUCGUAUAAUA